AAAAAACCCCCUUUUUAGAAUCGCGUCGCUGACUCGCCUGGAAAUUUCGAAACGAUGCCGAGCAAAGGACGGACGCGAUCAAGCACUGGUAGUUAAUUUUUUUCAUUUUCCUUUUGGUUUUUACAGUUUUAUUGUCUGUUUGGAUACUGGCAAAACUGCAGAGGAAAAGCUCCUUCAAAUGAUUUCAAUUCCUCCCUUGCGAGAUUUUCAUGCCUUCAUCAUGUUUUGAGGAUAAAAAUCGCGACUUUUCGUGGUUUUCUCAUCUGGGUAUCUGCGUUUCAUGUCGUUUAGUUCAAAGAACUAUAGUAUGCAUCGGUUCUUUUUAGCAUAUUUUGCUAUUUGUUUGAUUAUCGCCACCCGACGUUGAACGAAUGAUCGGGUUUUUCAACCUGGGGUUUAGAUCUUUCCAGGAUUUCGAGGGAUUUUUGAAUGAGUUGCAGGACUAGGAACUUCCAAAUGAAGGACAAAAGACAAGAAAUUCAAACAACAAACUGCUAGUACUUGGAUCUCUGUUUGUGUUCGAUUUCUGGUUUUUGUAUCUUUAUGAUGUUAUAUCAUCUCCUCCUGAGACAAAUGAAAAGUUCAAAUCAAGUGGUUCAGGUACUACGGCUUUCAGUUCUUGUCUGUUACUCAGAUAGAUAUACCUAAAUAUCUGUGAUGUUAUUUUGUUACUGGUCGGUUAUGGGAUGGAUACUUCAAGCAGAAGAAGUUCAAGUAAGAUAUUGAUUGUUACUCUCAGAGCAUUAUUGCUUUAUCACCAACAGCUGUUGCUUAUACUUUGAAUCGGGCAAUGGCCUAUCCUAAAAAUCAGAAAGGCGAGUCCUUUGUCUGGCCAUUUUGUUCGUCCCUGAAUGAAGCUUCACUGGUUCUUUAUAAAGACCAAAUCCAAUAAUCUAUAUCUUUCUUGUGAAUUCUGUUUACUUUUCUUUCUGUUAGAUACCAGGAGGCUGAGGAAGACUUGGAAGAAUAUUCACACCGAGCAACCUCAAGAAAAAGAACUCAACAAACUUAAAGAAGCCAUUGAUGGGGUCUGGCUUUUCUCUAGAAAAGCCACGUUCGGAUGUAUUGAACAAUGCGUACGCUUUGUAUCUGCCUAAUCAAAUGAGUAGUUGUUUUAUUCAGGUUCCACCAAAAACAGAUGGAUGAAUCUCGACUUUCCUCAUUGGAUUGGAUUCUUCGUCCGAUGCAGAGAAGCUUCGGAUUUCGGCUGUGAAAUACUUGGAGAGACUAACAAAGGUCUCAAGAUUCAACUUGCUUCUCGUGUGUGUCUCGUCUCAACCGAUAAAAACGGCACCUCUAAUUCGUUAAAGAUCCUUCCUUUAUCGAAUUUCACGUCGCAUAAACGAUCUUAAAUCUGCACAUGGUGUGAAAUCGACUCAAUGCUCUUUUCUUUGUAUGAAACUUGCUUGAUCAAAACCCAUGUUUUGCAUAUCACUGAUAUCCACUCAGAAAACCACAAGUCACAUCCAUCAAAGGAAACUGGACUAACAAGAUCCCAUAUGAAUUGGAAGCUUUCUUCUGCGGGUAUGAUUCUCUACCUUGAGAAGAACCACAAACAAAAUCGAUUGGACAUAAGAGGAGGAUCAAAAGCAAAUGAGGACAGAUAUCAGAAUCGAACAAAAGACUGGUCCUGUUCAUGUCAGAUCAAGAGAGAGAUAGAGAAGAAGAAGAAGAAAAUGAAAACAGAACAUAUGACCCCAUCAAAACCAACUGGGUUUUGGCUGAAGGCUGAAAUGUUGAACUGUGCUUUGCCUGUUUCGAAUUUUCAGUCCAACAGUUGUCUGAAGAUCCUCACAAAACCGGAGAAAUCGAUUUCUGGGUUUUUCGAUUACAUAGAGAAAAACAACACACGGCACUUCCAAAGAGAAAGAUUGAAAAAUCGCAAAGUUGAUGACUUUUUACUUCAAAAUGUGGAGUAUUGACCAAACAUAGACCAGA